AGCGGCUGCUCGUGCGUUUCCGCGCAGCAGAGAGACUUUCGGCGGCUUGUGGCAGCUUUGGAGCGGCUUUAGGACGCUUUUCUGUCGCAGGACGGGAAUCAAAGCCUGCGGAGUGAAUGUGAGCGAGGCUGAGAGGGGGCAGAGCUGCGGACUGGACUUUGGACUUGCUUUAGCGCAGGAAGGACAGGCGGUCAGAUCCGAACUUGUGCAGAAAGAAACCCGCGGGACUUUGGCGGAGACGCGGAGCCGCGACCGCGCUGUUGGAGUUAUUCCACUUCUUCCUCUUUGAUGCGUAAACUGAAAAAAAACAAAAAAACCCCCACCCCUAUCGUUGUUUCCCGCUGCCCGCAGGACCCCUUUAAGUUUUUAAAAAACAUUUCGUCAGAGAAUCAGAGUUGCGGAGAAAUUUCCACCUCGUGUAUUCUAAUCAAUACCGAUCAAUAAGCUCUCAGACUGAUCGGUUUCAUCUCGAUAUUCUCCUGAGCGGCGGGAUCCCGGAGCACGGAGGAACUCUGCACACACACACACACACACACACACACACACACACAGCGGCGGCAUCACCGGAUUCUACUUGUGAUACUGCGCGCGGAGGAUCGAUGGUUUUCUUUCUGAUCAAUAAGCAGUGUGUGUGAUCAGUUUCGGCUCUGCAGGGUCAGUGCGCACUGUCCGCGGCCACACACACACACACACACACACACCGACGCAGUCCGGCGGCGGAGAGCGUGGAGGUCCCGGAGCUCGGAGCAGCAGACAGGCUGGGCAGAGGAGCGGAGAGAAGGUGGCGCUCCUCUCUGCGUCCGGGACAGCACACCGACUCUCUCUCUCCCUCUCUCUCUGCUCUCCCGUCUCCUCCUGUUGGAGAUAAAUUAACGUAAAGCAGCUGUCGGUCGUUGUAGAGGCGAGGCGGCCGUCUGGCAGCUCAGGGAUCCCGUUUUGCCUUUUUCUUUCUUCCUCGUCAGAUCUCUUUUUCCGGGACACCGCUGCUGCUGCUGCUGCUGCUGCACCGCGCCCUCCGUCCCCAGCACCGAGGAGCCGCACCGCCGCACGCCGGCCACAGCGCACCGCAGGACGGAUAGAUAUGUUGCCGAGGUCCGCCGGUCGCCGCGGAUCUCCGGCGGUUUGAAAUGCACUUUCUGGACGUUUUGGAGAUUUGCACCGUCCACCACCGGCCGCUCUCGCCUCACCCCUCGGCACCGACACCACACCGGGCUUCCCUGUGAUUUUUAUUUUUAAAUUUCAGUUUUUCUAACGGGACUUUCGUCUUGUUGCUGGAGAUGUUCUUCGUGUCUGGGCUGAAAGUUGUGCGCUCCCCGGCGGAGGGCCUCUAACAGGUCCGGACAGUACAUGUAACCCGAGGCGGGGUCAAAGUUCAGCCCUGGUUGGAAAUGUGAAAGCGAAGGGGGCAAAAGGAGGGCUCUAUUUCCCCCUCUCUCACUCCUUCUUUUUUCUGUUCUUUCCUUUUUAUUCACACACACACACACUACGCACACGCACGCGCACACACACUGGCUGGAGUUACAGUAACCCACACACACACACAUAAACACACACACACACACACCUUCCAGAUCUAAGAUUAGAUCCGACAGAUAUGUAUUCUCCGCUAUGUUUAACACAGGAUGAAUUCCAUCCUUUCAUCGAAGCCCUGCUGCCCCACGUCCGGGCCUUCGCCUACACAUGGUUCAACCUGCAGGCCCGCAAGAGGAAGUACUUCAAGAAGCACGAGAAGCGCAUGUCCAAGGAGGAGGAGCGCGCCGUGAAGGACGAGCUGCUCGGCGAGAAGCCCGAGGUCAAACAGAAGUGGGCGUCGCGCCUCCUGGCCAAACUGCGCAAGGACAUCCGGCCCGAGUUCAGGGAGGACUUUGUGCUGACGGUGACGGGGAAGAAGGCGCCGUGCUGCGUGCUGUCCAACCCCGACCAGAAGGGCAAGAUGAGGAGGAUCGACUGCCUGCGCCAGGCGGACAAAGUGUGGAGGCUGGACCUGGUCAUGGUGAUUUUAUUCAAAGGGAUUCCCCUCGAAAGUACUGACGGGGAGAGGCUGGUAAAAUCUCCUCAGUGUUCGAACCCCACCCUGUGUGUGCAGCCGCAUCACAUUGGAGUUUCAGUCAAGGAGCUGGAUCUGUACCUGGCCUACUUCGUGCACGCAGAAACCGGCCAAUCAGAAAGCCCCAACCAGGCCAGCGAAUCAGAUAUCAAGGAGCAGCCGGAGAACGGUCAUCUGGGUUUUCAGGACAGCUUCGUGACGCCCGGCGUCUUCACGGUGGCCGAGCUAGUACGAGUCUCACAGACACCUAUCGCAGCCGGCACCGGCCCAAACUUCUCAUUGGCAGACCUGGACAGCUCCUCCUACUACAGCAUGAGCCCAGGAGCCAUGAGGAGACCGCUACCUAGCACCUCCUCCUCCAGCUCUGCCAAGAGGAUAAAGUGUAUGGAGGAGGACGUGGACAGUCCCGGCGAGGAGUCCUACUACCCCAGUCAGGGUCGAUCUCCGGGCAGCGGCAGCCAGGCCAGCAGCUGGCACGACGUGGAGCCAGCUGGAUAUAAGCUGCGUGGCUCUCUAGCUAGCUCUUUCAUCUCCCGACAAGGGAUGCCGUCGCCCGCCGGCGUUCUAAAGAAGUCAGAGAAGUCUGGUUUCUGCGGCGCCGUGCCUUCGCCGAGCGGCUCCGCCUCCACCUCCUCCUCUUCUUCUUCCUCCUCCUCCCCCCGAACGGCUUUCACACACCAUCACCGGCCCGUCAUUACCGGGCCUCGAGCGAGCCCCCAUGCCCCCCCUCCAGCCUCCACUUCUCCUCCUCCCCCAUCCUGCAGCAGCCCGGCUCCUACUUCUCCCACCCGGCCAUCAGGUAUCACCCGCAGGAGACGCUCAAGGAGUUCGUCCAGCUGGUCUGUCCUGACUCCGCCCAGCAGGCCGGACAGGUGGGCUUCCUCAACCCUAAUGGUAGCUCCCAGGGAAAGGUCCACAAUCCUUUCCUGCCGACGCCCAUGCUGCCUCCCCCUCCGCCUCCCCCGAUGGCACGUCCCGUCCCACUGCCCGUCGACGCCAAGCCGCCCUCCACCUCCUCCACCGAGGGGGGAGGCAACUCACCCACCUCGCCCACCUACUCCACCCCCACUUCAUCUCCAGCCCAGCGGUUUGUCAGCGUCGGACCCAGAGACCCUGGCUUUAACAUCCCUCAGCAACCACAGUGGUACCUGGGAUAGGGACUCCAGAUGCCCCUCCCCCCUCCACCCACCUGUACGACAGAUCGCUGCAGCCUCCUCCUCGACCUUUGACCUUUGAUGCCAGCUGCGACAGAGAGUCCUGUCUUGCCCCGCCCCUACAGCCCUCCCCCUCUGCGCCUGACUCCACCCCCACCAGCGCCAGACACAGACUCAGCAGCAUCAGCAUGGCUACAGCGGAUCAAACGCACCCCAACCACCCACUCUGUAAACUGUACGUCAUAGACUUACCUGUAGACAUAUGGUUCAUAUGUCGAUGUCCGUAUAUAGUGCCAGACCCCCCACCCCAAAACCAGACCAGGCUGAGAAAUUCGUGGGGGGGUUGAGCCCUUCAAUUUUUGGGAAUGCCGCAAGACUGAAUCACAGAGCUUCCCCCCCCCGGAGAAACUACCUUCCCACUCUCCCAUCAUGCUCUGCAGUGUGUGCAUCCAGUGGACUAUCAUCGGUACAAUGCCCUCCCCACACCCACCAGCCGACCCCCAUCCUGGUGGAUCCCCGAUGGCUUGGGUUUGGUUUGGUUGGUGAGACGGGACGGGAUGCGUCGUGGCUGGGGGAGAGGGGAGGUGUUACCUGGCUCAGAUACCACCAGCUAAUACCCCCGAUCCCCCCCCGCCUGAGCCCUAACACACCUCCCGGGAUGGACUCCACCCCCACGUGACCCCGCCCCCUGGCGGGUAGCACGUCAGGGAGGGAGGAAGUCGACAAGGCUCUUUCCAAGGACAUGAACCAAUGCUUAAUGGAAAGACCUGACCUGACGGGGAGGUGGUGUGGGCGCAAACAGACGCCCUGCCUGUUUCACAGUAAUAACAUGAACUACACAUGGAGGGGUGGGGGUGGGGUUAUGAUGGGGGAGGUCAGGUGGAGGUGGGGUUGUACACGUGGGGAAGCAGGGGUUUGUUGAUGUGAAGUGUUGCGACCAGACGCUGGUGGAUCCAAGCUCGUUUAUCUGGGAGGCUUUGGCUUCAUGGCUCAUUGAUUUUUCUCUUUUAGCCGUCAUUUCAGCUGGUCCCCUCCUCUUCCUCCUCUAUCCAUCCACCAGUCUGGGUGAAGCUACAGCAUGCUAAGGGUGGGCAGAAAGCUCUGGUGUCCGAAACGCAGCAGGCAGGCAGGCAGGCAGGCAGGCAGGCAGGCAGGAGAGAGAUGAGUGACUAAAACUUUACCAGUGGAAUAUUGAUUAUGAGGGAAGUGCAAUUUUGUUGGCUAGCUGUUGGAUAGUUAAAUAUCUUUGUAAGAUAGCUCGUUGAAAUCAGUUGUUGAAAAGUAUAUAUAAAAUAUAUUUUUCUUCCUAGUCCUCUCACACCUCUGGGACUCUAAAAUAUUGGGGUACAAAAGACAACAACACAGCAUCGAACUAGAAACCAUAGCCUUGUGAGAAAUAAGGGGAGCUGUAUUCACAUUUAUUGUUUAUUAUUUGUUGUUUGUUCAUCUUGUAAAGCUGUUAGCGUGGUAGAACAAGAAUCCCUUUAAGAAAAUAUCAUUUUAAACAAUCAAUUUUUUAGAGCAUUUCUUGCAGCUUGAGUCUGCUUUUCAUUUUUGUUUAAAAGAAAAAAACGCUAAGCGAUUAACUUAUUUUAAUGAGCACAUCGUUUUACUUCAAGAAAAAAAAAAGAAGCUAUUUGAAUUUCUCAUGAGGCGAAAUCAGGAGAAAAUAUAAUGAAUGAAUUUAAGCUUAAAAGUAAUCAUGUUUUUCUCCGGUUUCUGUAGGCGAGAUAAUCUUUAAACGGCGCCGCCUGGUGACGGGCUGCCCAGUGAUUGGCUGGGUCUCCCCUCCAAUCAAAAUCACUUAUUCCUGCAGUUGGCCAAUGGGCCGUGAGUGUGUAAUCAGGGGGUGUGGUUUAGCGAUGAAGACGCAGAGCAGAGGGUAACUCUCUGGAAGCUUUCGUCCACAAAUAGACAAGACAGCCGAGCGCUUCACAUGCAACUUACCAUUUUAUUGAACUUCAGUUUUGUUUUUCCUUUCCUAUACUAUAUAUAUAUAUAAAUAUAUAUACACACACACGCGCGCGCGCGCACACACACACACACACACACACUCUUACGACCAUCCAGCGUCGAACAAAAGUGAAUUUAAGUGAAAAAGUUUUUAAAAAAGAACAAAAAAAUCUGCAUGUUCUAGUGUUAGUGACAAAUUUUUCCAUAGAUGAUGUAGUUAGUGAGAUAAAGACACUAUAUUGUAAUCCCAACAUCAGGCACUUGCCAGCAGCCGUCUAUUACUUUGGCCCCGUCGAGGCCUUUUCUAUCGCUCUCCUUCACGAACAACCAGCUCUCUUCGCUUCUCGGCAACUCUCCGUUCAUUUAUUUCUACUUCCUUCCCUUCCUCCUUCCUCCUUUUCCUGCAGCGACAGAUCACUUCUGCUUUUCAGUUCCAAGACGUUCUCUUUCAUCCGUACGUUAUCAUAUUGCACGAAAACAAUUGUUCCUCAUCGAUGUGCCUUGAGCUACGGUCCAGUCCUGAGAGGUUGCACAAGAUCCACUGUGGAGAGUCUUGUUUUAUUGUUUCUUCCGUUUCUUUCUCCUCCUUCUUUUAUUUUCUUAAUUUUCCCUCCACGCUCCACACCUGAGAUUUUGUAGGUAACGGGAGCAAUUAACGUCAAAGCGUUAAAGCUGAAGAGGAACGCUGUGAUUUCCAGAAUUACUCGCUGGUAGUAUCUCAGUUUUAAGAGGUCUCAGGCCUGCGCUGCACUGCUUUCUGCCCCCCCCCCCCCCUACCUGCAGCGCCGAGCGGAGACCUCACAGGUGAAGUCUACACCAGCUACAAUCAGGUCACCUCCAGAUCUCUGCUAACAGACGGCAACACGGUGAAACUUUGUGAAAUGAGCACCGAGUCAGAGGCUAUGUGAUGCCGGCAGGAGUGACGUGCCGACGAUGAAAGUCUCAUGGAAAAACAACACGAGGUUAACGGGCCAUUUUCAGCUGUAGCGCCUGUUAACUGAGACUCUGGUGUAGCGGGUUCAUUCAGGUUAGCUGCAGAAACACCGUAUAACAUUAGCUAACAGUCUAGCAACUAAAACUGGUUUGAAUUGGAAAUACGUUAAAGUCCCUAACAGUUCAGUAUAGCAGCUACGUCAGUUUGGUUCAGCUUUGCUAACUGUUUACUUUAGCCGCUAAGGGUGUUCGGUUCAGGUUAGCUAACAGUUCAGUUUAGCUGCUACAACAGUUUGGCUCCUGUUAGCAAACUGUUCAAAUAUACAUCUAUACUUCACUAUACAAGUGUGGCGGCGAUUUCAUUGAAAUUAUAAAUCUGUAGUGACGAGACUGUUAGGAUAGGGCUGUUAUUUAUUAUGUGAUACAAUUAGGAAAAUUGUGUUUUUCAAAACACGUACACACUGAAGUUGAUAUCUGAGAACAGACUGACAUAUUGAAAACACACAUUUCUUGUCACUUUUCCUGUUGUUGGCAGUUGAAGACAGUGUGCUCAUUUCACUAAAUUUCGUGCUGCCAGGAUCUUGCUAGAGCAGACGGAGCUUAUAACCGCUCACGGCUGGUAGAUUAGUACAGUUUACCAUCUUUAUCCCCUUCAUCUUGUCCUUUGUCUGGUGGGAUGGUUUUUACUUCUGUUGCUGCAAUCUCCGAACAGCAAAAACUUUCAUUUUCAAGUCUUCCUGAUUUUAUUUUUGGUUCGUUCUUCUACUUUCGUUCCCAGAAAUGAAUAAUGAGGACAUUAAAAUAUGCAAUACCUGCUUGCACUCCCUUAGACUUAUUUUGUCUUACAUUAUUUAUUUUGUUUGGUUUUUCUUUCUCUUUAAUUUCAACCAAAGUUGGCGUGCACGUGACUGGCAUCGUGCUCCGUGGUCGGUCCCUAAAAAUGGUGAAGCCAGCCCCACGGCGGCGCUCCAGCCAAGCUGAGCCACCGUCGCUCGGGGAAUUCUACUUCCUUCCUUCCUUCCUUCCUUCCUUCCUGUUUUGAUAAUCUACCAGACAGCCGCAAUACUACAUUCGGGUCUCUCUUUCCUAAAGGUUUUUUUUUAUUUUAUUAUUUCUUUGGUCACAAACAAGCCUUAAACAAGUCCAACUUCUUCUCCAUCGCGCAGAAAACAGUUUAUCGUAAAACACUUCUGAUGACGUCCAACCUUUUAACCGCGCCCCGCCCUGCUUGGCAGAGGUUUUAGUAAAUAAGUUGUUUACCUGUUCUGUGUUCAGUCCGUCUGUCAGACUUGACGGACAGCGUCGUGACGCCGUCGGCUGUGAUGGUUUAGUAGUUCCACUUGUGUGGGUUGUGUGUUUCCUCUUAGCGUGACAUGUUUGUUUUGUCUCUGUUCUUGCCUACCCUUUAGCAAUGAGUUGGGCAUUACUUCCUUAAUUAUCUGCACUAAACAUGAAAUAAAUGACAAUAGAGAAAAAGUAUUACAUUAAAAAAAGCUUCCAGGGCUUAAAAAGAGCGAAGGGAAUAAAAAAAAAAUAAAAAAUUGCACGGACAUUUUUUUAAGUGUCACAAAAACCUUGUGAAACAGCCUAGCAUCUAAUCAGCGACUUUUGGCUGUGUGUGUAAGAUAACGACAAAAUUGCACCCUUUUUAAAGAAAGAAAAAAUGAAAAAGAAUAUAAAAGCAAUAGUUUGGGCAGUGUGUUUUUUUUGUUCUUGUGUUGUGUGUAAUUUAGUUCUGGUACAGCAGCGAAGAGACGCAGAGAAGAGUUAGCUCUGAACGGACGGGAGGGCAGAGCAGCAGGGCCACUCGGCCUGACUGGGAGACGUGUUUGUAUGUUGUAUAGUUUUAUUAAUUACACUGAUUUUAAAGCUGCCCUAUUUUAUAAUGCAGGACUUUUGUAACAUUGAUUAAAUGAGGAAAAACUAGUGUUGUGAAUUUUCUGAUUGUUUGUAUCGAGGCCACAUUACUAGAACUGGUUUGGUUUGUUUUCUGGGAACUGGAUAUAAGUUGAAAACUUAACUGUUUCCUCAUUUACUUUAUUUUUCUUUAUUUGCUUUCCUUUUUGUAUGUAUUUAAGGACAUUUCCUCUGUUGAUGGUAUAGCAUAUUCCUGUACUUAAAGUAUAGGGCGCUGUGGUGAUAAGACCAUUGUAAAUGGAUGUUACAGUAUGCUGUAUGUUUUGAAGGUUAUUUGUUGCAUCAGUGUUGAUGAAGCUAAAUCUAGGUAAUUCUGAGGAAAAUUGGUAAGAAAAGCAAGCGUUUUUUAUGCAUUUUAAAAGUUUAGUUUUAGGCAGGAGACAAUGACAUAGCCAGCCAAAGGAUGCCCCUACUAUAAAUGCAUCUAGGCAUCUUUUUUUGUGUUCACCAUUCCAUGCAGGAAAAUAAACAGCUUGAUUAUGCAACAUGAUUCUUUUUCUUUUCCAUCUCUUUCUUUCUUCACUGGCCCACGAGAUCACCUCCUCCUCCUCCUCUUCCUCCUCCUCUUCCUCCUCCUCCUCCUCCUCCUCCAGCCCUCCCCAAGCCUGGAGGUCCACUCUGAUCUCCGUCCAUCCACACAUCCACUGCUGCUCAUCACAGCAUCACGUUCAUGCAGCAGAUAAUCGGCCGAGGAACGACGGACACUUCCAGUGCGAUCAGAGUUUCUGCUCAUUCCCUUCAGGUUUUACAGCUUUUAUCACGUUCGGAGACGUUUACCUCCUUAAAUAUUCUGAGACGAACAGUAUGAUGUCCCGCCUGUGAAUAAGCAAGGCCCGCACCUCGUCUAACCUUGUGUGCUGAAAGCAGCGGCUCCUCACAGUCGCCCAUCGCAGGCUACACUGGAUGUGUUCAUCCAUAGUUCUGCUGCCACGUCAAAAAGCAUUUUGACAGCGUUCACAACUACGGCUGCAACCAACAAUUAUUUUCAGUAUCGAUUAAUCUACCGAUUAUUUUCAUCGUUCAUCCAUUUGGUCAAUAGUAUGUCAGCAAACAGCAGAAAAAGCUCUCGAACCCAAAGAUGUUGUGUUUACUGUCAUCAAGACCAAGAAAACCAGUUGACCCCUUCACAUUUGUGAAGCUGGAACUGGUGACUUUUUCCCUAAAAAAAAAAAAAAAUUACUUCAACGAUCAAUCAAUAAUCGAAAUAGUUUAAUAAUUAUUUCUCAACAUUUUUUCCAGCUGUACUCACAACCCAAUACACAAUCAAUGUAGUUACAGAAGCGAGCUGGAAGAAAAUGUACUUACAGGUUCGGAAACGUGAGACAAGCUCUGAGAUACUGUUUCCCUCCUGAUAAACUCGUGUUGUUUUUUUCAAACCUUAAUUUUAAAUUCUAGCGGUAAAUCCAGAUACCACAAGAUACCAAAUACUGUACUGAAUUUUGGGGAAAUGUGUGUAAAAUAAUGCGUAAGAAAUCCAAAAUGUUGCCAUUUGCUGAAAUGGUGAAGCCAUAAAAAGCGUGUUGGGUUUGGAACGAGCAGAAACAGAAUGACACCGGAUGCUUUUAAAGGCAACAUUUAAGUGGCAAAGGAAAAGUCUAAGAGCUGAAGAUUUAUUGAUUUUAUAGACUAUAGCUGGAGGAAGAGUAUUGCUUUGGUUUUGUCAACAAAAAAAAACAAAAAAACAGUCCAAAUUUAAAUUAAAGUAGUGGAAGAAUGAGCAGCAACUCAAAUCCCACUGGAACUGGAGUCCUUGAAGGGAAAGCAGUGAAGUUUUCCAGUUCACUGGGUGGUGGUGGUGGAGGUGGUGGUGGCGGUGGAGGCUGCGGAGGGGCUGAAUGUGAAGCUCGCUACACCACGUUCUCCUCCUCCACAAAGCCAACAGCAAACACAAAUCAAAGCCGAGGCUGAGAGAGCGAUGAGCCCAUAAGGCCAGACGCUGCAUCCGACCAGCUGAAGCAACGAGCAGCGCGUGCUCACACACACCAGCAGGGACGUUUUCUGAAAGCAACCGCCGUGAAUUGACAUGAAAUUUCUCCCCAAAACAAAUCUGACAAACCCCUCUGAGCUUCUAACCGCCCGAUGAAUCCUGCAGCUUCCUCCGUUCACUCUGAAUCUAGAAAACUCUGAUCCAAAGCUUGUCCAACCAGCAACGUGAGCGAGAGCUGGAGUCAAAGACUCUUAAGAACUCCGUCUCCCCCCUCCCAAUAUCCCCGUCUCUCCUCUUGCUUCACCCCCACCCCGCCAAGAGUUGAUUUUUGGAUUUUGCCUUUGAGGAAUUCUGCCGCUCCAUCAGGAAACAGGGUUGAAUGAAGGCUGGGCUUUUUACGCUUUAACGCCUUUGUUGUCUUCACGUUUGUCCAAAUUCUCCCGGGCAGACCGGACCGCUGUGCGAGUCUGCGCUUUGGAGGGGUCGGGACGUAAUCGAAUUUGAACGGCUUGUCGUGAAGAGGGGCAGAAUUCUUCAGGCUUAGACCAGGGUAUUUUUAAUCCACCCAAGUACUUUCAAUCACUUUAGAGACCUGAGUAUGUGAAUUAUAGUAACGCUGAACGUACGGGACUCGCAGAACAAUCAUACAAGGAACGGGGAGCGCUUCAGUGGCACCUGGAAUCCACCUCCAGCAGCUUUUACUCGCUCUAAACUGAUGUGAAUGAAAACGCCAACGUUUCCCCCGUUGUUGUCUUCGGCACGAAAGCGGAGCAGAAGGAAGCCAUCCUUCACCGUGCCGGCCGUGCGCGCGAGCCGGAGAAAUGAGUAUAAAUGUCAUCGCUUUAGAGAGAUGAAGGAAAGUCAUUGGACGAGGAGGCAGGUAACACUGAAGCUGCUCUCCAGCGCUCAACUGUAAUGAAUUACAGUGUCACUGCUCCUUUGCAAAGAUAUUUAUUUGUCCUAUUGCAAAAACCAUCACAUGGUGCUAAGCGUUAAAUAAAGCCAGUGAAGGGGAGGUAAGCUGGAAAAUGUGACAAUUUGAACUUACUAUCAUGCUUCCUGACAGCGUAUCAAAGCAUAGCAGUCUAAUCUGCAUGAGAACUAUGCACUGACUAAAAACAAACACCCACACGUGCACGCGGCGCGGCUCACGUGCACGCGGGCGCCUGCCCACGUGGACUUUGGUAUCUACUUUGUGAAAAUUUCAGCCUCUUCCUUCUUUUACGAUCAAUCCUUCCGUUUCCAGAUCCCAGCUUCUACGGACCGAACGAGUUAUACGAAAAAUCUGAAAAAGAAAUGAAAUAUAAAAACAAACCAGCAUAUUACAUGAUAUAUUGAAAAAGAUCAAAUGUAGUGCCUGUGAAAACCUGUAUUAUAAUGCUCUUCUGAAUACUGAAUACAAUAAUUGUUUGUAAUUGUUGAAAUUUCUGACCACCAGUAGCCUUUGCUGUCUGUCAGGCCCCUCUGAUUAUAGCUAAUGUACAAUAAUCAUAAGAUAUAACUGCAUGCUCUUCCAUAAUCGCCUAGUAAACUGUUACGAUGACAACAAAUGAGAAAAAAAUUUACAAAAACCAGAUUGUUAUGUUACUGUUUUGGUUCCUCUUUCUUCUUUUUCUUACCUCUCCCUGUAUGCCUCAAACCUUUUUCUGCUCACUGUCUCACCUCCUCUCUCUUCAUCUCUUCAUGCUCACACAUGGGACUCUUUCAUCACGGUUUUCUACUGUGUGUCAGUUUAUUGUCAUUGAUUUGAUGGGUGUGCCACCAUGAUGACUGCCCCGGGCCGUCAGCGGACUGCCGCAGCCUCGCAGGGUUUUAAUCCGACAAUCUCCAGCUAACUUUUAACAUCAGCAAACACCCGACUGGUCUGGCCUCCCCUCCCCUCUCCUUCCCCUCGCGUCCAUUGACCGGCAGGCUGAGAACUCUCUGCGUGGCUCUGGGUGAAUCCUCCUCCUCCUCCUCCUCCUCCUCCUCCCCAGGCAGUUUCCUGCAGAAGACUGAAUCGAUGGCCUCUGCCUUUUUCUGCAGCGCUCAGCACUAUCCGGGACCGAAUCCCCCUCCUUCCUCAUCGAGCCUCCGCUGCGUCUCCCUCGGCAGGGCUUCAAACGAGCCGCCGCUCCUUCAGGAUGAGAAAGGUCUAGAAAGAGAAAGAGGUAGCCAGCACCUGGGAGACUCCCCCCCUCCCUCCCCCCUCCCUCUCCCAGUCCCAGGCCAGCCGGGGUCGAUUGGCUUGUCUAGCUCACCUCCAGUGGCUCCUCUCUGUUUUCGACUCGCAGCUGUCGAUGCAGCUCAGCUCUUUGAAACUAAACAGUCUCUUCGACUUGUGCAUCUCUUUUAGGCAGAAAACUUUGGGUUGACAAACUUUGUUGAUGACCAGACUGUUUUGUUAAAGGACAAUGCCACUGAUUUUGUCUACUUUACAUUACUGCUAAAGAUUUUCCAAAGAAUGCUGUAGUGUUUUACAUAUUUCAAAUGCUUCUUUCCAAAUCGUUCUGGUAGGGCAUGGUGUUGUGUAAAAGUUUUCAGUACCAGUACUAGUUCUUCACAUCCCUUCAAUUUAUGGGUGUUUCCCCAAAUGCUGUAUAAACUAGAACCCAACUGAAAAAUCACGUGGGCCAACAUAUCCUGCCGAUAUUAGCUUCCUGCCGAUAUUGGAGUAUAUGUCAGCCACUGAGUAACAAAAUAAUGUCAGUACAGAAACGCCAAAGAUACGUGUGUGAUCCAUUGCGUAGUUUGUCCACCAGAGAGCGCUGAAAAGUUUUAAUUUUAACUCUGUAAAAUGUCCCAAACACUACAGAAAAACAGAUUUAAGGAAUCCUGAUCAAAAAUGUUUAUUUAAACUCUUGAAUAUCUAAAUCGUAUCUAAACACCCAGUAUCGAUCGGCUGUAGUCUGCACUGUUUUCCGAUAACGUUUGCUAAAUGAAACCACCUAAAACUGGCGAAAUUCUGAUUUAAAUCGGGAACCGUCAAGACUAGAUUAUGUAUCUGACAGUCGAUACCAACCUUCAGUGCUAGACAGUUUUUCAUUCUCUGUACUGGACACAUUUUAGCUUGUACUAAAAAGUACUGAGGUUCGAUGCCCAGCCUCACUCCCAGGGAGCUCCUGGUUUCAUCCAUUUAGACCAAUUUUCUAAUUGAAAACAAAUUUUCAAAGAUGUGAAACUUGCUCAGGUUAGUUAAUCAGACGUUUGCUUCAUUUUUUGGCAAAUUCUGUUCAUCACCUGAGAAACAGCAGUUAACAAAAAGUCUCACCCCAAGGUCCAUUUAGUAGCCGUUCUGGAGCUUUCUGUCCAAUCACAACAUUCGUUAUUGUUGUGUGGAACCUUUCAAGUCAGUCAGUCUUACAGCUGCAUUACCAGGAAAGACGGACACGAUGUUCACUAUGAUGGUUUUUCUGACUGUAGAGUCGAGAGAAGGGCAAGUAAGACGAGGCAGGUUUAUUUCUACAGAACGUUUCACACACAAAGUCAAUCCAAAGUGCUUUAAAUAAUCCAAAAAGAAAGAAAAACUGCAGAAGAACAUACAAAUUAAAAGAACAGAAAUCUUUUUAAAGCAAAUUAAAAAAGUUCCUUGAGUCUGACUCGAGCAAGUUUCAAGUCUUUAACAGUUUAAUUUCAUAAUUAUAAGGAAGUCAAUGAAAAUCAAUGGCUGCCAGGAGAUAAAACUGUAUUUAAAAAUAUAAAACACGACAGCGGGCUUUGAAAAUGGUUGGCAGUGUACACGAUAUGUAGUAGACGGACUAAAACACGCAAAAACAUUGGCACGGUCCUUUAGAAAGUGAAAUAGAACAGAUUAGAAUAGAAAUCUUAGCAUCCAGAUGUAGAAAUGUUCAUCACUGUGUUCAAAUUAUCAGCUAAAACAAACCAGGGAUCCGUUUUUUUAUGAUACCUACGGCCCAGAACUGCCCACAUUCACUUGUUUUCCAGCCGAUCGCCAAUACUGAUAAUCGAUCGGCUCGAUUAGCAUCUCUCGUUGCCUUUCACCCAGCCCUCUGGAGGCGAUGCUAACUGUAGCUAACCCACGACAAUCUCGAGGAAGGAGAGCUUUAUCUUGACCCCGAGCGUCGCCCGGCGGGCCGCGUCCCCCUGCAGUCUGAGUCACACAUUCACAUCAUCGCACCGUCCUCACACGUCCCAUCAUCCCCUUCUCACUGCCCAAAUCGCUAUAGAAACCAGACGACAUCCUCAUCCUGACCACGACCCGUUCGGUUCCUCCGUCACCACCUGACCAUCGACUCCACCUCCAUCCUCACCCAGAACUGACUUAAACCUUGUGCCUCUACAACUCUUUUAUGGAACAGGGCGGUGUUUUCUGCCGCCGCGUCGCACCGCUCCACCAUCUGGUGUCACACUUUUGUUCAGCGUAAACUAGUGUCCAUUAGUUGUGUUGGGUGCCAUUGUUGUCCAUCCUCUGUGCUCUGAAGCUGUGAGCUUGCACUGACUUCUCCGUUGUCCUCUCUUGUCUGUCAGUUCUUCAGUUUGUCACUUUGUUGUUCUGUUUUUGUUUCUUUCUGUUCUUCCCUUUCCGACCGUUGUUUCCGUUGAACUGGUGAAGUGUAGGCCCAUCCCUCUCGGCCCCAUUAGUGACUCCAUGUCCACGCAGACUCAAUUUACUGGAAGCAAGAUGUGCAUUUCCUAUGCAACGACGACAAAAAAUAAAGACGCUAAUGCUCUAUC